AUGCAGGUUCCAGUGGUGCCGCGGUCUCCAAGUAUCGCCAGCACCACCACCGACGAUGCCGAAAGCACUAACGACGCUCAAAGUGUGCAUGUGAUGCCCACUGAAGAAGCCAUCCAAGACGCACGUAAAGAAAAGGUGGUGUUGCCGAUGGCUGCGGAGGCGGAGUCGUUGAAGACGUGUUCCUUCAACGCGACACGUAGCUGGCGCUUUCCAGGCCACCCAACGGACACGAACAACGACAGAAGAUCGUCAAGCAGCAAACUCGCCAGCGGCACGAGUCCAGUGUCCGCCUCGUCCGGAGUAGCGACCAUAGCCACCAGGCGUUCGACGAAUGGAUCCAAAGGCUCUGUCCACUCCUCGCUGCCGCCUCCGAGUCCGACGAAGAAACACUGGCAAGUCCCGCCAUCCAAGCAUGCUCUCGAAGCGAUGCGGGACUUCUCGCCCUAUUCCUCCUUCGCCAGCCCAAGGUCCAGUUCCAGCGGUGGCGCCACGAGUCAAGGACCGCGUUCGUCCGGCGGCACUACGAUGUCGAAGGGCCCUACUAGGAAGACACUACCGCGCUCCGUCAAGACGAGCGUCGCAGCGGUGCUAGUCGUGAUUGUCACGGGUGCUGUGAUGCUGAUCUGGCUCGUGGCGUCCUACCGAAGCAGCAAAGUUUUGAGCGACGGCUGCCGAAGCGAGGAGUGCUACCAGUACGCGAAGCGACUCCGCGAGUCGCUCAACGAGUCCGUGGACCCGUGCGCCGACUUCACGCGCUACGUGUGCGACGGAUGGCGCCGAAAGCACGAGUUCUCAGUGGCCGAGGAAGCCUUCUUGUCCACCUUCGACAAGAUGUCGAGGUUCGUGCGGGGCCUCGAAGUGCAGCCGCGCGGACAGAGCGCCCUCCAACGGGCGGCAGCGUUCUACCGCAGCUGCGUGGGCGUGCUUCGAGGUGAGCGGGACGAGAUGCCGCGAGUCAAGCGUGCCUUAGCCGCUGCAGGCAUCACUUGGCCAUUUAAGCCCGAGGCUACGCCGGACCUUCUGCACACACUGCUUUACGUCCACCUGCAGCUUCACUGGAGCGUGCUCUUCAGCGUCAACGUCAGUAGCAGCGCGAGCGGACGUUCCGUCACGCUGAGCCUGAUACCGUCCGUAGAAAUGGCACCCUUUAAGAAACGUCUGGAACUGAUUAGAGAACCGCAGAAAGCCAGAGAAUAUUUCUAUACCCUGGCCUCGGCAUUCGGAGCGCACGCGAAACAGGGCAGCAAACUCGUGACCUUCAAAAAUACAAACAAAAUCGAAACCAUAGCAUUAGGGGCUCUUUCUGCUGGUUUCUUAAACGGCAGUGCCACGCCGAAGGCACUGAGCGCGAGUUCAUUGCUCGAAACGGUUCCGAAUCUUACGCAAGCGCGCUGGGAAGCCACAUUCAGUUCUAUGGGCAUAACUAAGAAGGUCUUGCUCGCGACGACUAACCCCACAUACGUGAAGCAAUUAUUUGCCUUGUGGAGUUCCCUGGGAGAAUCGCGGCUCCACCUGUUCCUGUCGUGGUACACCAUCCAGAUUGCGGCGCUCUACACCAACCGCCUACUAGUCGAAAAUUUUUACGGGAGUCAGAAGACCGCGAUCCUGCGGCACGGCGCUUUCUGCUUCAGCAAAGCCUACCUGCUGUCGGGAAGCACUGUGUUCAGCUCGUCCGUAAGAUACGUGCUCGUCGGUGACACUCGGGUCCAGGCCGAGCGGCUACUGUGGAGCGUUCGGGACGCUUUCUCGCGCAGUCUGCAGAGCUGGCCGUACAACGACAACGACAGCAUCGCGAAGCUGCUGGCCCUCAGUGAACGAGACUUCGCCGCCAGCGCACUAGCUGUUUUCGACGAAAACAACGUCGCCGAAGAGGCCGAAUCCCAGGACAGCAACGACACAGACACGACAUCGUCUCUCGUCGACGACUGGAUCACGGCGGCCGUUCCGUACAGAGCCGACAUACCGCGCAUCGCCUCGAUGGCCAUCGAGAAGCUGGCUUUCACGGCUCAAACAGCCGACGGGAAAGUCGUGCUGAUGCCGUACGCAUUUUCGUUCCCCUUCUUCGACUUGCGUGGCACUCCCGCUAUGAACUACGCGGGCGUCGGUUUCCACUUCGCCAAGGGGCUCAGCCUGUUGACCCUCAUCCCCUACAUAGGCAACUUAGAUGGCCCCCUCUACCAAUUCUACAACUGCACCGGCGUCUCGUACCAAACCGCCAUCGCCAGUCCGGGGCGGUUCCUGGGCGCCUUCUCCGCGUUCGCCACGCAGCCGUUGUUUGACGCUUUUGCCAACGCGUCGGCAAAUCUAGGUACCAGCGCCACUCUGCCGGGACUGCCCGCCCUGUCUGGCUCUCAGCUCUUUUUCGUGUCCCUUUGUUACGCCAAAUGUCACGGCAGCUGGACUGGAGAACUCUCGGAGCCCGAGUGCGGAGACUUCCUGCCGCACGUGGAGGCGUUCUCGAAAGCCUUCUCCUGUCCGGUCGGCUCGCCCAUGAAGCCGGUCAAGAAGUGCGAACUCUUUUGA